AUGCAUUCACUUCCUCUUCGUCUCGUUAUUUUCCAAUCAAUAGCAAUUGUUCAUUGUCGAUAUGUCAUUCGCGGAGAAAAAACUCGAUAUUCAUUCUUUUGUCCUAUUCCAAACGGUCAUUGGUAUGGUCCAAAUAAUCAAUCAAUAGUUUCUAAUUCAGAUAGAUACGAAAUACAAUAUUCAUUUGAUAGCACACAAUUGAUUAUUGAUUAUAUAACAUUACUACACGAAGGAGAAUAUAUUUGCCAAAAUAAUCAAACCAACGAUAUCAUUGAACGAUAUCAAUUAAGACUUGGCACAUUGAAUGAUAUACUUCUAGCAUAUUUUAUUUUGACUUUUUCUAUACUUAUCUUCAUUCCAAUAUUUUGGUUUCUAGGUAAAAAAUAUUCCGGUAUUAAGCAUCAAUAA